AUCCGUCACUCAUCACUCCUCUCCUUUCCUUAUCCCCUUCUAUCCUCUCCAGGCCUUCGGCAACGCCAAGACGUUGCGUAACGACAACUCGAGCCGCUUUGGCAAAUACAUGGACAUCCAGUUUGACUUCAAGGGCGCCCCAGUGGGAGGCCACAUCAUCAACUACCUGCUGGAGAAGUCUCGGGUGGUCCACCAGAACCACGGGGAGAGGAACUUCCACAUCUUCUACCAGCUGAUCGAGGGAGGAGAGGAGGACCUGCUGAGAAGCCUGGGCCUGGAGAGGAACCCUCAGCAGUACCAGUACCUGGUCAAAGGUAACUGUCCCAAAGUGAGCUCCAUCAACGACCGCAGUGAUUGGAAGACGGUGAGGAAAGCCUUGACUGUGAUUGGCUUCAGCGAGGACGAUGUGGAGGAGUUGCUCAACAUAAUUGCCAGUGUGCUCCACCUGGGCAACGUGCAGUACGGUGGAGAGGAUGGCAACGCCUGCAUCACAUCUGACACACAGAUAAAGUACCUGGCCCGGGUAAGAAGCUGCACUCAGCAGCUCCAUAAACUCCCAACAGGCCAGGAGGGAUCGAUUUACACUCGUAUUUAUUACAGCAUCUCAGCGCUGAAAGUAAAGUUAUUCAUGAAUCAAGUGUAGGUUUGGUUUGCAUUCACACUGCUGCCACGUAGAGAGGCAGAGGCGGAACGUUUUACAUUACUUUUAGCUAAAUAUUUUAGCCAUUUAUCUGCUGCUUUAAGCUAAAUAAUUCAAUUUAUGCUCCACGAGACACAAUCAAGAGACAACAUUACCCAGCAUGCCCCUUGCUGCUGUCCGUGUGUUUACGUGAUUCAUUCGUCACCGCGGUUGUUGUGGAGCGUGCUGCUGACGUUGUUGUGCU